AUGGAGGAGCUGGUGAAACACCUGUCCAGGUGUCAGCACCUGGGCUGGAUGGAUGUGAUUGAGUUGAAGAGCGCCUCCAUCCAUUGGCUGUCUUGUGGUCGGAAGGCGGAGCCUGACAUCUGGAGUAAAAUGUUCUGCAUCCUGUCAGAUUCGCAGUUGCUGAUGCUCGACAACCUGGAGGUUCAUCCUCUUCUUCUGGCAGAGAGGGCGGAGACUUGUACUGUUUGGUUGCUAAGAUACACUCUCCAUGUGACCUCAGCACCUCCUUGCCCCGCCCUCAAAGUCACAGGGGACAGCCCUGCAAGUGUCCCACCCCACUGCAAAUACCUGGAGCUUGUCCUGAAGGGAGCUGAUAUUCAGCUGCUGGAACUGGUUUCCAGAGCGGGUGGAGGAUGGUGGAAACAAAAGCAGAACCCGGGACAAUGA